UCGGUGACUCUUUCCACCGCCGAAGACACAGAAAAGACUUCGAGCGUGAGACGGUGGUCUUUGCUGUGCGGUUCGCUCAAGAAACAGCCUGUUUUCUUCACCUCCGUAACGUUGCAUCGCAAAGUCCGUGCGGAGUUACCUUUGCGUUUUCACCUUUAAGAAGCUGUCAUCGAGGGAUUAGAAUUACGCGCAAGCUCGCUGCUCCUUUAAGAAGGUUUAACAUUAGACCCAGCGCGCUCCAGUAUCUACGGGAGGCGAGCGACGCUCAUCCCACUGAACCCCUCGACUCUCCCGAGUUUUCUCCCGAGCCUGCUUCCUUGUCUCACUUCUCUGCUCAGCGGUUAACGGAAGAACGGGGCACCAUGGCCGAAACGGAGAAAGGAGAGAAAGGAGAGAAAGUAAAAGGAGUUAACGUUUCUGCGGGGAAACUGGCAAUCAACAUGCAGAAGAGGUUAACCCGAGCCCAAGAGAAGGUCAUGCAGAAGCUGGGGAAGGCCGAUGAGACCAGAGACACCACGUUUGAUGAGGGAGUCGCCAACUUCAACAGGCAGAUGGUAGAGGGAGCCAAACUACAGAAAGACCUGAAGGCCUACCUGCUCGCAGUCAAGACGAUGCACGAGGCCUCUAAGCGCCUGCAGGACUGCUUGGCUGAGAUGUACGAGCCCGACUGGUUUGGCAAGGAGGAAGUAGACUCCAUCGCAGAGGACACAGACAUGCUGUGGAUAGACUUCCAUCAGAAGCUGGUGGACUCUGCUAUCAUCAAUCUGGACUCGUACAUGGCCCAGUUCCCCGAUGUUAAGACCCGGAUCGCUAAGCGGGACAGGAAGCUGGUGGAUUUCGACAGCGCCAGACAUCACAUGGCGUCUCUGCAGAAGGGCAAGAAGAAGGAUGAAGUCAAGAUCGCCAAGGCAGAGGAGGAGCUGGGUCGUGCUCAGAAGGUGUUUGAGGAGCUCAAUGUGGACCUGCAGGAGGAACUGCCUACAUUAUGGAACAGUCGUAUUGGCAUCUAUGUGACCACAUUCCAGAGCAUGGCAGGAGUAACUGAGAAGUUUCACAAAGAGAUGGGAAAGCUGAGUCACAACCUGAAUGAUGUCAUGGGUAAACUGGAGGACCAGCGGAACGUCAAACAAGGCUCAAAGACAAAAACUCCAGCAAAUAGUGAGGCUGCCUCCAACCACAACACAGAGUCGGACACAAUUCCCAAGUCACCACCCAAGUCGAGACGGCCGUCAGGUCCUCCGGUGCCGCGGCCCCCCCGGCCGUCCCCCUCUAGAGAGAUGCCGCCUCCGCAGGAGGACACUGCUCCUGAUCUGUCUGGGGGCACGGCAACGGUUCCCAUGCCAACCCCAUCGCCAACGCCAGAGGUCACGCUAACGGCUCCAUCACCGCUGGACUCUUCUGCUGCAGCUGAGGAUAAUGCUGUGACCAACGGAUCAUCAGAUAGUGGAGAGUUACCGCCUGGAGUUCUGUACAAGGUGAAGGCCCUGCAUGACUAUGCUGCUACUGAUGGUGAUGAGCUGGAGAUGAAGUCUGGGGAAGUUGUCCUUGUAUUGCCCUUUGAUGCUCCUGAUGAACAGGACGAUGGAUGGCUGCUGGGAGUGAAGGAGUCCCACUGGCUGGCCAAUAAGAACCUGUCGGCCCGAGGAGUCUUCCCCGAGAACUUCACUCAGCGCUGCUAAGCUGGACUCGCCUAAAACCCUGCACCUUCCACCAACUGCACACACACACACACACAUAUAAACACAUACACACACACACUCACACAUACACACACACCCUUUCUCUCUCCUCCCUCACACACCCGUCUCUGCUCUCUCUCUCCAUCCCUUGGUCUUUCUCUCUCUCCCAUCCUCUCUCUCUCUCUCCCAUCCUCUCUCUGUCUCCCUCGGUUCUGUACUGAACUGGUUUCUCUUCAUGUGAAUAUCUACUAACAAGGGCUACUUUGACUGUGUGCACCACAGGUCUAAACCAAUAGAACUCUGCAAUACAUCCUGGGCCCCCUGGCUUGUGUUUAUGUGUCUGCAUGAAGUUCGUUUAGUGCGUGUGUGUGUGUGUGUGUGUGUGUGUGUGUCUGUGUGCGUGCGUGCGUGUGUGUGUGUUUAUGUGUGUAUAUGUGUGUGUGUAUGUGUGUGUGUGUGUGUGUUAAGUGUGUGUGUUUGUGUGUGUGUGUGUGUGUGUGUGUGUGUGUGUGUGUUCGUGCGUGAGAUUGAUUGGCUGGGGUAUGGAGAAACAGUUGUUAACAGCUCUCUAAGUGACCCUAAGUUUGUGUCAUUGUCAAUAACAUUGACGAUAGAUUAGUCGAUAACUUUGUCUGCAACCGAGCACUGAAGUAUGAUGGUGUAUGUACUGAUGCAUGAUGAUGUCAGAGCCAAGGGGUCAAAGGUUAAAGGUUAACGACAGCACAGCUUAUUAUUAGCAUCUCAGGUAUGACUGAGCACCUGCAUGGAACCGCUGACACUGGGUUGACCCUCUGACCUGAUCUCUACACAGCUUCAAGGUCAAAGGUCAAACUUUAUUUAUGACUUCCUGGGUUUUGUUUUGUUGUUUUUCGUGGUCCUGAGAAUAAAAGUUACUUUGAGACUUGAGAAGAAAACAAACACAGAAAAAUGUUUAAAAAAAAUAAGGGAAAUACAUUUUGAGGUUGGGGUAUAUUUCAUGACUUACUGAUGGAUUGCUUGAGAAAUGGUUUUGAAGCCUUGCAACUGUUGCAUGGUCAUUUUGUAGUUGUUUUUAGUACUCUAGUUUGUAUUUUAUCCCCAAACUCUGUGUAAGAACUGGAAUGACCUGCUUCAGGGUCCGAGAGUGUCCCUCGACUAGCCUGCACACAGAUCAGAUCAACACACUGGCCCUGAAACAGCGUACCUGAAGAAUGCAGUCCACUUCCUGUUCCAGUGCUGUCCACUUCCUGUUCCAACACCGUCCACUUCCUGUUGACCUGUGAUCCUGCUGAAAAAGGUGUGAGCAUCAGCCCCUUAUACUCCUCUGGUGGAGUCCAGGGGCAGUCUUUCCACCAUUUUGUCUGUACACCUGCUGGAACAGAAGUGAAUGUUAACGCUGACAUUGAAACAGUAUGUUAAUCUGCAGUGGACAGGAAGUUGCCCUUCGUCACUUCCUCUGUGAGGGGAUGAAGGGUGGGACUAUAAUAAACUGACAACUGUGUCUAGAACGUU